UUUCUAGAGGAGAGGAAAAGAGUGUUGUCUUGAGCGGCAAGGAAAGACAGUGCCUGGGUGCUGCUGCGAAGGGUGAUGCAGAAGUAUCCUAAAAUGAGAUACCAAAGCAGCCUCACAUAUAGAAUGGCCUAACGGAGGCAAAAGGAUGUCCUACAGCUCAUCUACUGUCUUACACUAUCCAGCUUAGCCUCUCAUUUGUGCUUCUUACAGUUCAAAACCAGCACAUUGUACCUUUUUCAUUCUUCCCUUGGAUGUAGUGGAAGAGUUUCCAGAAGCCCUGGCACAUCGCCUCCUUCUGGGUCUCUCCCUGGAUGACUGUGCUGACCCACUUGGCUGUCUCAUACUGAUGCAGUUCAUAAUCCUUCACCUGAAAGGGAUCGGCUCUGGGAAGGCACUGCUGGAACAGUGUAUUCAGCUGGCAGAGCGGCCUGGGGUGCGCCAGCACUGGCGGGCCUGCCAGCACUUGAUUAUCGAUGACAUCUCCAUGGUGGAUGGCAAGUUCUUCGACAGGCUGGAGGCAGCGGCCAGGGCAGUCAGAAAACGAGAUGAGCCUUUUGGAGGAAUUCAGCUAAUCAUCUGUGGGGACUUCUUGCAACUACCCCCAGUCUGCAAGGCUAAUGAAGAAACCAAGUUCUGCUUCCUGGCAGAAAGCUGGAGGAAACGCAUCCACAUAAACGUGGAGCUGACCGAAGUGCAGAGACAGACUGACAACACCUUUGUCUCGCUCCUGAGUGCAGUCCGUUUAGGCAGGUGCACAGAGGAGGUUACCAGACUGCUGAUGCAGACUGCCACUAACAGGUCUGAGCGCGAUGGGAUCCUGGCUACGCGGCUCCGCACCCAUAAAGAUGAUGUAGAAAUAACUAAGAGGCGCUUGCAACAGCUAUCAGGAGAAGUGCACGCUUUUGAGGCUUUGGACAGUGACCCAAUGCUAGCGAAGUUAAUUGACGCUCAGUGUCCUGUGGGUGGUAGAGUUGAGCUAAAGCUUGGAGCUCAGGUGAUGCUGGCUAAGACUCAAGGGCUGGUGAACGGGGCACGAGGAGUUGUUGUAGGAUUUGGAAGUGAAGAGAAGGGGCUGCCUAAGGUUAGAUUUCUAUCUGGGGUCAUACAGGUCAUCAAAAUGGAGAAAUGGGUCUUCAAAGGACCAUCAGGAGUUCAUCUGAGUUGUCAACAGUUGCCUUUAAAAUUGGCAUGGGCUAUUUCCAUUCACAAGAGUCAGGGCAUGUCUUUAGAUUGUGUGGAAAUCUCCCUGUCGCAUGUCUUUGAAAGUGGGCAGGCUUAUGUAGCCCUUUCCUGAGCCCAUGGCCUUGCAGGUCUCUGUGUUCUGGAUUUUGACCCAAAAGCAGUGAGAGCUGAUCCUUCUGUGUUGCAGUUCUAUAAACAACUGAGACGACAUCAACUUCUAACCCAGGAUUCCCUACACACUCAUUCAGGUGCUGAUGAAAAGGAGAACUGGAAAUGCAGUUGAGAAUGCUCUUCUGGCCUCUAUGAGGCAAUGGACAGAAUGCUGAUUUGCAGCCAUCUUGCUAUUAAGUGUAUUUGGUAACACAGAUGAAGUCAAAGGAAAUUCUUUUUUUGUAAUGUGUGCUUCAUUCAGUUGUUCCUGGAUGUGUAGAAGUCUCUCUGCCUCAUGCCUCUGAAAUUUGGAAGGCUUCUGUAGCCUCUUCCUGGGCCCACAGUCUUGAAUAACUUGUGUGUCACAGAUGCAAUUCUAUCAAAUGAAAUGACUGAACACGGACGUGCCUGAGGGACCUUCCUACACUUCCGUCUUGUCCAUUUUGUUGCAUUUUAUUCUCCACCUAUGCAGACUGAAACUUGUGUGCUUUUCUUCAAGUGUACCACAGCUGAGGCAUAAAAGGUUUGUGUCCUGUUUGCCUGGAUGGAUUGGACCUGUUCACAAGAGCUGCUGACACAAGGGAAAGCAGUGCUUCUGUAAGCAAGGAGCUGCCAGGAACUGCGUUCUCUCUUCAUAGCAUGCUGGGAUGUUCUUGCUUUCCAGAUAUUUACCACCAGGAGGCUUUGCAUAACUUCAUCCACAAGCAGAACUAAGAGUUAUACAUGGCCUGUUAUGCUGAUCCAUAGCCUUUUAAUCAGUCUGUUGCAUACAAUAAGGUGUGAUUUUAUUUUUUUCAACCUCCUGAAAUGAGCUGGUGUUGUUAAGAACAGGAAAAAGUUCUACAUCUUGUACCCAUGAUUAUGGAACUACAGGAAUUGUGGAGAUCAAUUACCCUAUUAGAAAGGAAGGAGAGAGAUGAGAUGGGUGCUUGUGGAAGCCCCCCUUGUUUAAACACAUGAUGCUCACUCAAAUGGGAGGGAAUUUCUGCUGGAAACAACACAUCAAACUAAUGAGGUGGAAGUUGAAUGUGCAAUAGGAAAUAAUAGGCAAGGACAUGUGAAGUGAGCUAUAACUUCACCUGCUUCAGCAAAAGCAGGGCUGAGCAGAAUUAACACGCUGUAUUUUUGAAGUCUUAAUAAAGGAGAAGCUUUGGUCUACUUAUUUUAGCACACUGCUUAAAGCUUAAGCACCUUUUAUAUUUUUAAAUGUUUAACAUGUGGGAAUAAUGUGAAAUAUCAACAUGCAGCUGGAAUUCAUCUCUUGCAUGGUAGUCUCUCUGUAGCAAAGCCUUGUAGUUUGAUUGAGUUGAAGGCCACUUCUUGGCAGCUGUUCUCCUCAAAGCCAGGGAAGGAUGUGGACUAGCCAGUGGUUAACAUAAGAGAAAGCAGACUUUUGGUAGGAUUUUGAAAUGUAUUUUUUUAAAGUGAGAGUUGUUGUUUCUGGACUUGGUGGGUAGAGUUUCAGAGAAAGCAAGAGCAGAAGACCAAAGCGUGGGAGUUAUUGAGGACUGCUUACUUUAAGAAGGGGUUCUUAAUGUAUCAGCACAUGGCUUCUUCAAAGAAGAAUAGAUGGAAUUACCUGAAGCUGGGCUGGAGUCUGUGGAAGGCGAGACCCUUCCCAUCACACUGCAGGCUGUUCCUGGUGCUACCUCUGCUCUUUCAGACUCUCAUUCCAUUUGUGUUGUAUACUUUUUUUCCUUUUUCCCCCUAAACAACACCCUCUAAUCCUUUGAACUUAAGUUGUUCGUCUGCCUUGGCGAGGAGUUGAAAAAUGACUUUCCUAUGCCCCUGGAAAAGAGGGUAGCAGCUUCACUGCUGAGGCAGAUGAGCCUGGGGCUCCCAGAGCCUUCACCGGACCUGGGUGGGGAGCCUGGUCCCCACAGCAGCCCCGUGCUCCAGGGGAGCUGGUGCAGGUCUCUCUGUACCCAGUUGGGGAGGGUGGGGUGCUCAGGUUGUCAGCCUCCUGUGCCAGGCGGCAUCAGCCUUUCCUGGCCAUCUCCGUUCCCUUGGCUGCAGAUGAGCCCUACCCUAGCGCAUGUCCCCACCUCACAGCACUGCCCCUCCUUUCCUCCUGCUGCUGUUCUGUGGGGGGUGCCCUGGCCAUCCUCCCUACAUCUUUAUUUCAUGUCCCUUGGGCAGGUGGUCAGAGGCUGUGGGUGCCCUAAUUGUGAGGGGAAGGGCUGUUGGUGCAGGCAGGGAAGCCUGAUGGGUCACCUAAAAGACCGAAGGCUUGGCCAGGGGGCUGUGAUGGGGCCAGUUUGCACUCGUGGGUUUUUAGAGAUGGGCUGCUCCAUUAUGAGGGGUUUGUGUUGCAUCCAGGGUUGAUGUGUGGGGUCUGAAAUGGUCAGGGAUGUUACAGUGAAUUUCACUGUUGAUAUAGACAGUUGAAAAGAUGAUGCCAGGCACUUCUAGUCAUACACAAUACACUGAUUUCUUGACGGAUUGCGUAAGAAUAAUGAGAUAAUGCAGGUUCAAAUCCUUUAACAUCUCUUUAAAAGUUCCUGUACCACUGUAAUAACAAGAUAAUUUAGAGUGUAAGCGGGUUGACUGUGUACAAUGCAAAUAAACUUUUAAUUGUGAUCUUGUAAAGUAA